AUGGCGUCCCCUGUGGCUGCCGCACCAUCCUUCCCGCCCCUCGACGGCGUGAUUGGCGCCUUCCUCGUCGGGACCAUCCUGUCCAUCUUUCUCGCCGGCAUCACCACCGUCCAGGCUUUCGGCUACUUCACUCACUUUGCUCGCAAGGACCGUCCUUUGCUCGUCGGCCUUGUCUCGGUCCUCAUGGUCAUUGACCUCUUCCACACGGCAAUCUCCUGCUACACGAUUUACCUUUGGACCGUCACGCACUACGGCGAUCUCGCCUUCCUCGUGCGCUCGCCGUGGUCGUUCGCCUGGGACCCCUUCCUCACCGGCAUCGUCGCCCUGAUCGUCCAAGUCUUCUACGCCUGGAGGGUCUACAUCGUCUCUCGUCGCCAGUGGUGGAUCCCUGCCGGAAUCGUCCUCCUCUCGCUCUUGCAGUGCUCGUUCGCCAUCGCCUCGACGGUGAAGAUCUAUCAGUUCAACAGCCUGUUCUCUCGCUUCGGCGAGUUCUCGUACGGCGUCGCCAUCUGGACUCUCUCGGCUGCCGCCUCCGACAUCCUCAUCACCUCAUCGCUCAUCUACUACCUCCGCCAAGCCACUCAGAACGACUACCAACACUCUCUCCCGAUCGUGCAGCGCAUCAUCCGCACCACGGUCGAGACGAACGGCUUGACUUGCAUCUUUGCGAUUGUCGAUGCGGUGUUGUUUGUUGCGAUGCCGGCGGAUAGCUGGCACGUCAUCCCCAACUUGAGUCUCGUCAAGCUCUACUUCAACGGUUGCCUUGUCUCGCUCAACUCCCGUCGCUCCGUCGGCGGCCGCGACGUCACCGUCUCCGGUGGCCUGGGCGGCACCUCGUACUCGCCCGGUAUCGGCAGCUCUCCCGCGCCCAAGUACACCGCGACCCUCGACAAUGGCGAGCAGAUCCGUCUUGACGAGUUGGCCAAGAACGUUGGGCAGCAUGGGUCGCAGGCGAUGAGGAGGAGUAACUGGGAGGGAAUCCACAUCACGACGGUCAGGGAGGUCGAGACUCGCGUUGACGACCACGACUCGGUCCUUGAAGGCGAUCUUGAGAAGGGCGCCGCCACGAGCCCGCACCCGUUCGCCCUCUCGUACACGACCCACCCUGAGCCGGCCGACACCAACCCUCCUCGCCAGGCCUCUCCUCACCACGGCACCUCGACGGGCUUGUCGAACGCCGCCAUCCCGAGCGAGUGGUCCGCUCACUAA